UCUGCAUUUUAUGCAUCUUGGAACGCUAUAGCGUGUGCGCGUCUUCGCUGUUAUGAUGCAAAAAAAAGGCGUUAAUUAUAACCUUGCGAUUAGAAGCUCUCUUAUUUUUAAACUAACUGGAAUCUCAUUAGAAGAUAUUACUGUAAUCUGAGUAAAACUACGUGUGUAAAAUGAAGUUUUCAGAAGGAGACGAAGUGCUUGUAAAACAUCCAAGUACUGAUAGAUAUCAUAAAGUUAAAAUAUUGGGUAUGAGAGGUGAACGUUAUAAGGUACAAUUUGAAACAGGCAUUGAACAGUAUGUUCAUUCAACUGAUAUUAAGAUAAAUAGACCAUCACGAAGUACAACAAGAGCUAGUAGUAGAGGUAGAAAAAGUCCUACCAGACAUUCAUCAACCAAAAGAUCUCCACAUAGACGUUCAGCUGGAAGAUCUCCAUCUGCCAGUAAACAAUCAACUAGGAACCAAAAGUUUGCAAAAAUUACUCUACCACGGAUAGAAGUACCGGGAGAUAAUGAUGUCACCAAUAAGAAAAAUGUAAAUGAUGAUGAAUAUGCUGUUGAAUCAAUGCCUCUUCAAUCACGAUUGAAGGAAUUAAGCACAGCAACGCGUAGAUCAACAAGACUGUUAUCUGGUACGCUAAAACCUGAAUCAGACCAUAAAAUGGUUUUGUUAACAAGAAAUAUUAAUCGAGCUGUCUCACUUCCUUUAGAAAGGAAAGGUCAAAUGCAUGAUUUUGGCAUUGACGUAAAAGAAAGAGGCCAUUCAGUACAAAAAGAUCAAGAUUUGUUAAAAACGUUAAAUUAUGAAGAAAAUGUAAAUACAAAUCCACAAGUAUUAGAAAAACGAAAAAAGGAAAUCAGCAUGGUUAGUGAACCACAAGAAUGGGGUGGAUGGCUUGGAACUCUUUUUCUUAUAAUUUUAUCACCCAUGAUUGUAAUACUACCGCAAUUAAUGUGUACAAAAGAUGAAUGUUUAUUUGGAUAUCCUAAGAUACCAGAUAUUACAUUAUAUACAAAUUUUAAAUCUUUUACCGCGUAUUUAUGUUUCUUUUUAUUUGUAAUAAUUUUUUCGACUCUACCAAUUGGCCGAAAAAUUGAUGGACCACAUACUAGAAUUGGAAGAAUACAAUAUCGUUUAAAUGGUUUUUUAUGUGGUCUUUUAUCAGUAAUCAUAUUUGCUGUAUGUAUAUAUGAGGAACUAGAAAUCAUUGAUCUUAUUACACAAAAUUCUGUACAAUUUUCAAUCAGUGGUUGGAUUCUUGGAACAAUUUUAUCAUUGUUGUUAUUUGUAAAAGGAGGCAGAGCACCUGUAGCUAAUUUAAACAUACACGGAUCUACUAACAGUGUGAUUUAUAACUUUUGGCAAGGAAGGGAAAUAAAUCCACGAAUUGGUCCUGUGGAUUUUAAAAUAACUCUCUUCCGGACUUCUAUGAUAGCGAUAAUUCUUAUAAACUUGUCCAUUGUAAUGAAAACAAUUGAAGAAACGGAAACUUAUAGUUUAGAGCAUCUUAAUAUAGGUGUUUUAUUAGGUGCAUUGCUGCAGAUAAUUUAUGCAAUAGACGCGCUUUUUUUUGAAUCUACAAUACUGACGACUUUUGAAAUAAUGUACGAAGGGACAGGUUACAUGUUAUGCACCGGUUAUAUGAUGUACCCAUUUUUACCAACUCUUACAACAAAGUACAUGCUGUAUCAUAAAAUACAAUUUACUUACCUAUUCGUCUUUCCUCUACUUGCAUUUAUAAUUGGAUAUUUGUUAUAUAGAAUUAGCAAUUCACAAAAGAAUGAAUUUAGAAGGAAUCCUUUAUCUCCAUCAUUAAUGCAUUUAGAAACUAUACCGACUGUCCGUGGUAAGAAGCUCAUUGUAUCUGGAUUAUGGGGUCACGUGAGACAUCCAAAUUAUUUGGGUGAUAUAAUAAUAUGGUGGUCAAUAUCGAGUAUAAGUUUAGCAUGUGAUAUUUUGCCUUAUUAUUAUGCAAUUAUGUGCUCAGGAUUAUUGAUGCACAGAGCAAUAAGAGAUAAUGAACGGUGCAAAAUACGAUAUGGUUUAGCUUGGGAACAGUACACGUCACGUGUCAAGUACAUGAUCUUAUACCGUAUAUUUUAAAGUAUAAUAUGUAUAAAAUAUUAGCAAAGGUACCUUUAGAUACCAAAAUAUGUUACAAAGUUGUACCUUUAAGAAUUGCAAUGCUCAUUAUUUUCUAGAAUAUUUCAAUCAUAUUAGGAUUAUAUAGAGUCUAUGUACACACACACAUACACAUGUAGGGUCCAAAUUAAUGGAGUAUGAAACCAAAAGAAAUGAUCAUAACAUUUAUUACUAAAUUUAAGCACAUCAUUUUUUAAAAUCUUUGACACAAUGAAUAGAGUGUGAUUAUCAAAAAAAAUAUAUAUAUAUUUUAGACAUAAUUUAGAAAUAUUGUUGACAUAUAAAGU